AGCACAGCUAUAAGCGGAAACGCUACCUGUUGAUCACAGGAUAGUGAUAUAACUCAAACAGUGGACCCAUAUAUAUCAAUAGACAAGUGUAGAAGAGAGAAAACAUGGAUGAGGGGGUUACAUCCGAUGACAAGGAUCUUGACGCCCAGCUUGCAGACUGUCUCCAAGAAUCAAACAUCGACACUGCGCGUGCUCUGAUUGAACAAGGUGCUGACAUUAACAGAACAUUUGAAAAUGGCUGCAAUGUUCUGGACUCCGCUUAUGACGCAGCCGUAGCCUCAGGGAGGAUAGACAGCUUCAAUCUGCUGCUUCAAUCAGGCUGUCUUGACUUGGGUGGACCCGAGAUCUACAACCUGUGUUACUACUACUCAAAUCCCUGCCGUAAUGUGGAGGACAGAUAUGUCCAGUACAACCGCGAACGUGUGUUGGACUUCCACUCUGAGGUAGAAGCAGUUCCUGGGUGGAGUGAGGGUGAUGGCCGUCAAGAUAUCCCCCAUCAGCUGUUUGAUUUACUUGUUGACUCCGGUGCAGAUGUGAACCAGGUUCCGAAGUUAAAACCUGACAGUGACGUUUCCCACGCGGAAUGGCUGGAGAGGCUUGAGGAAGACCAUCUGUGGACUGUUCAGGGGACGGUUGAUGGCCAAGGAAGAACAGACGGUUAUGAGGACGCAGUGACUUUUUUUCAAACUGAGAUUUUCGACGAAAGUCUUGUGUUUAGUUUGUUAGACAAAGCUCAGUAUGAAAUACUGGAAAAACUACUGAGAACUCCUGGAUAUAACAUUAACCAGCCUUCCCUGCACUGUCCUCUGUACUUUGCUAUGUCCAAGUUAUCAUAUGACCCAUUCAAACUCCUGCUCCAGUAUGGCUGUCAGCCACGAUUCUGGUAUACAUCAGGAAAGGAGAAGAAACUGUUCAGUGAUGCAGAUUUUGCUGAUCCUAAUUAUUUAGACAAAGGAUGGCUGCAUUAUCUACUCAGUUUCAGAUGGACUUUCUGUAUGCCAGCAUCUGCCAUCAACCGGAAGAUCCGGUUGCUUGUGCAAGCUGGAUAUGACGUAGCGCAAUCCGAGUGGCUGUUUGACCCAGCAGUGCCAGUGUCGGACGGCCACAUGGAGGACCAUGAACAGCUUCUACCACUUAUAGAUUGGCUCCGUGAAAAGGCUUCAACACCAAGACCUUUGAAGGAGAUGUGUAGGGUAGUUGUGCGAUAUGCUAUCAAGGAUAACUUCAUCAACGGGAUUCACAAUUUACCAAUACCCGAACCUAUGAAGGGAUAUCUGAUGUUGAAACAAUAAACAGGACAAUAUAUCUGUAUCAUGCACAUGAACCUUGUACAGCACUAUCCCACAGAGCAAAUUAUAUUCCUUGAUCCACGGGGCAUUUGUCACUAAACGUGGUUACCAUAGCUACAGUUCUAUAUCUAUCGUCAAAAGUUCAGGACAACUUGUCAAAAUAUUACAGCAAAUGUUUCUUAAGAAAACAAUGUGAAAUGCUGGACUGCCUCAUUGAUAGCAUCUGUGUGAAAUUUGGUGAUAGGGCAUUGAGGCACAAAGUAUGUGUGUUCUCCUUGCUGAUCUGUUUCUUUGUGCAUCCGAGUCAGAAUUUUGUUUUGGUUUGUCAAUGGCAAAAUCAAAACAAGGGUAUUUGGCCAAGAAGUUCAACUUAAGCUUCAGGUACAUCAAUGAUCUGCUAGAAAUAAGAGAAUAGUGAAACUGACUCAUCUGUUUCAUGUUAAGAUCUGUACAUUUAAGUUGAGCAAGACUUCAGCAGCUUUGAGUUUUAUGAUUGAGCAUGCUCUUUCUGCACAGAUUUCAAAGAGUGUCAUAUGACUCUUGCUCGGUUGUCUGUUCAGGGUCACAACCAGUCUUGGUUCUCAGGCACCCUCCGCAUCAUCAUAAAGUUUGCUGCACGUUUCGUUUUUAUUUCCCAAACAAAAAAAAUCCUUAAAUAUUCCAAAUAUAAGUCCAACGCUAGUCAAAAAUUGUAUUCCAGUGUUUUACUCAUCAAGGAAUACAUUUAUGUUGGGGGGCCCUUUCCCAGGUUGAUUGUACACAACUGUUUAUUUGGUAACAUACUUGUUUCAACACCCCCGUAAAAAAAAAGAGGAAAAAAGGACACCACCUCCCGCACUGUUAUAAAAAAAUAUUGCCUGAGACCCAAUUCUUUUAUUUUUUAAGGCUUAGCAAAGUUUUUGAAACUUUUAUGGCAGACAUUUCCAAAUUUGAUGCAUCAGUGACGUAAAUGAUGUCCAAUGUAAUUCCCUAUUUUGACUUGUACCAUAUGUUCCCAGGAUUUUUCAGGUGAUCAAUUGACUUACUUUUGCAUGUGUUUGUGACUAAUGCCUACGAUGAGGAAGAAUACGCCUACUUUUCCGCAAACACCUGGUACAUUAAAUGGACAAAGGUACCAAGGUACCAUAUUGGACUUUUGUGCUGUGCCUUAUUUCGACAACCAUGCACUUGCCACACAUCCUGUCUUCAUGGACGAUAAUACCCAACCCUACCGAACACAAGCUUUGACUGACCAUCUCCAGAAUAAUGCCAUUGAGACUCUAUAUAUAUUGGCCAUCUUGAAGACCAGACCUGAAUCCAAAUUGAGCAUCUAUUGGAUCAUAUGGGACGUAGGGUUAGAGCCAUGGACUCUCCAGUACAGAAUGUCAAAGAAUUGACCUAGGCAUUGCAUGAGGAAUGGCAACACAUCCCUCAGUUGAAGAUCAGACAUCUGAUUUUGAGCUUGAGCAGACAUUUUGCGGAUGUGAUCUGUACACAGGGUGGCUACAACGGAUACUGACUUCAACGUUCAACUGUUGAUCAUUUAACUGUGACGUGGGUAUAAACGUUACUAAGUCACAUACAUGUUGAUUUGUCCAUCUCAUUCCUGACAGUCACCAUACUCAUUCUAUCUCUAUUUAACAGUUCUUGUAGUAGCUGGCAAAUGAAGUUGCUCUUUUUCUUUGCAAGGGCUUAUUUUCGCUAUUUUUCAUUAAAUCUACAUCUUUUUUUUACAUUAAGUUACACUAUUGAUUGCUUUUGUUUGGCUUUCCAGCGUCUCCUUAUCUAUCUAUUGUAUGAUUUUAAAAAAAUUCUUGGGGUGCGAAAUAAUUAACAAGGUGUAUUGUAGAAGGAAUCAUACACGCUGUGAUAUAAAUAACAUACUGCUCAAAGUGGCGUUAAACGAAACUCACACUCUCAACCCCUGACUCACUAAGAUUUAGAAAGUGGGGUACCACACGUUCGCAUAUGAUCCUUGGGUACAAUGUGUGAAGCUCAUUUCUGAUGUCCCCAGCCGUGAUAUUGCUGGAAUAUUGCCAAAAGCGGUGUAAAACCAUACUCACUCACUCACUCACUCACUCACUCACUCACUCACUCACUCACGCAUAGAAUCAGUCAGCCUAAAGGAAUUUAUUGUUUAAAAAUAAAUAUUAAUAUUAAAGA